UCACCUUUCCCUUCGCCUUCGCCUUCGCCUUCGCUUUCAUUUCAUUUUUAAUUCCACAGUAAUCCCUUCGCAAUGUCCUCAUUCAGAGAUGCCCUCGCCGGGCUCAAGACGUCUUCGUCGUCGCCCGGCACACACCUGCUCCCAACACGCCCACGCUUCCAGGAGGCGGCACCUGCGCUCGGCGCCAGCAACCUCGCAUCAUCCACCGGCUCAGCCAUCUCAGGCCUGACACAGUCCAGCUCCGAUGCGCCAGUGACGACGCAGGGCGAGUGGUUCGGGCUGACGCUGAUGCAGCGGUGGAUGGGGUUCGCCGGGGGCCCGCGCGCCCACACCCGGCACCUGCUGUCGCGCGAGCGGCUGCUGUUCUCGGCCACGUACUUUGGCUCGGUGUUCUUUACGCUGUUCUUUUCGGCCAUUGCGCACUCGUACCUGGGCACGCUGUUCUUUGUUGUCAUUCAGGUCGUCGCCCUGGUGUGGUACGUCGUGUCGUACUUCCCUGGCGGCUCCGCCGGGCUGCAGUCCACCACGAUGACCCUGGCUGGCAGCGCGCGGACGCUGCUGCCGUUCUGAGUGUAAAUGUUAUGAUUCUCGCCAAUAAUACAAAUCCUUUCUUGAGUCGUAUAAAAUAAUCAUUCUUUUUGCGCUGCUAGCAGCACUGACCCUGUGCCCCGUAACCAAAAGGCCAGGCCACGUGUUGAGGUUGUGCAGGCCGGCCAGCCGGUCAGCCAGCAAUACGUAUCAAAGUCUUAUAAAUACGCGCAAA